AUGUCUGGGGCCCCAUUCAAGGCUACUGUUAAUGAGUAUUUGGAGGACCUACCCCCUCAAGUUCACUCGCGACUGUAUACUUCACCAGCGACAUGUUUAGCCAUGUACAGGCUGCUGCCAAAACUUGCCAAAUUCUUCAUCAUGUCAAUGGUCUUCAAUGAAAGUGACGUAUCCCUCCGAGACUUGGACAGGUGGGUGAAUAGUUCGGGUAAAUAUCAGUUCAAUGAGGCCAUAAAAUCGAUGAAAUCCUUGCAUCUAUUGGUCGAAGGACAUUCCGGGCAGCCAUAUAUGAUCAACCUGAACUCCAUAUUCAGAACUAGUUUCGGCAACGCUCUAACAGGUGGAGAGGUGAAUAAUUCUUUCGGCAAUGUUGUGGAGGACGAAAGCGAAGCGGUCCAACCAGCCAUGCUGGAUCAGUAUGCUGCUAACAAAUGGGAAUCUAUAUUACAUUUCAUGGUGGGUACCCCAAUGACCCAGACUCCCUCUCGAAAAGUACUUUCGCUACUUCAACACAGUAAAUUAAUGGAGGAAAAUCGCACGGGGGAAUUACAGAUUACGAAUGAAGGUUUCCAAUUUUUACUUCAAGAUGCAAAUGCUCAGAUUUGGGCAUUGCUUCUGCAGUACCUUAGACUGGCAGAAAGUCUGCAGAUGGAUCCAGUUGAUGUUUUGAAUUUCAUCUUCAUGCUGGGAGCGUUGGAACUCGGAAAGGCUUAUAGUGAUACGAACUUGAGCGAAACGCAAAAGACUAUGUUGCAAGACAUGCGAGAUUAUGGUCUUGUGUUUCAAAAGGCAUCUAAUCCCUCAAAAUUUUACCCAACAAGACUUGCAUCUAUGCUGACCUCGGACUCCAUGAGUAUACGUUCCGCUUCAAGUGCCAUGAAUAGUGUUUUGACUCAGGGGGCAGCUGGCAAGGCAAAAGCAGAGGAAGCACCAUCCUCGGCGAAAGACAGUGAGCAAGAUGCGGACCAGGUAGGGGGGACCGCUCAGGCGCUCCCAGACGGUGCAGUCAUUUUGGAAACAAACUUUAAGAUAUACUCUUAUUCCAAUUCGCCAUUGCAAAUCGCCGUUUUGGGCUUAUUCGUGCAUCUAAAGUCGAGAUUUUCGAACAUGGUCACCGGUCAAAUCACCAGGGAUUCAAUCAGACGUGCCUUACUCAAUGGUAUUACAGCCGACCAAAUAAUCGCUUACUUAGAAACACACGCCCAUCCACAAAUGCGGAGGUUAGCUGAGCAAACUUUAGACAAAAAGAUGGAACUUGACGCGAAUUGCAAAGAAGGUCUACAGAUCCUUCCCCCCACUGUGGUCGAUCAAAUAAAACUUUGGCAACUAGAGCUCGACCGAAUCAUCAGCUAUGAGGGGUAUCUAUUCACAGAUUUCGACAACCAACAAGAAUAUAACACGCUCAGUGCUUACGCAACCGAUAUUGGAGUGCUUCUGUGGAAGGAUGACAAGAAGAAAAGGUUUUUCGUGUCUCAAGAGGGAAACGCACAGGUUAUUAGCUACGCUAAGCGCAAGUUUAGAAAAAAAUAA